ACCCCUCUUGGCAAAGCAGGUGACAGAGGCUGACUGCAGGACACAGGCAGCAUGGCGUUCAGCUCCCGCCUCGCCUCACCACUCCGGCCAGCCCUGGCAGCCCUGCACCGGGGGCUCAGCACUCCUCUGGGGCCACAGCCCAAGCUCAACCUCAGGGGCAUCUUCCCACCCCUCACCACCCCCUUCUCGCCCACGCAGGAAGUGGACUAUGGCCAGCUGGAGGGGAACCUACGUCACUAUGCCAGCAUCCCCUUCCGAGGGCUGGUGGUGCUGGGCUCUAGCGGGGAGUUCCCCCUGCUGGCACCCCGUGAGCGCCUGGAGCUGGUGAGUCGUGUACGCCGUGCUUUGCCCAGGGACCGCCUGCUGCUGGCAGGCUCAGGCUGCGAAUCCACACGGGCCACCAUCGAGCUGACGGGCAGCAUGGCAGAGGCAGGGGCUGAUGCUGCACUGGUCGUGACACCCUGCUACUACCGGGGAGCCAUGAGCAGCGCUGCGCUGGUGCGGCAUUACACUGAGGUGGCCGAGGCAUCGCCGGUCCCCGUGGUGCUCUACAGUGUGCCUGCCAACACCGGUCUGGAGCUGCCACUGGAGGCUGUGCUCACCCUGGCUCAGCACCCCAACAUCAUCGGCAUCAAGGACAGUGGUGGGGAUAUCACUCGCAUAGGGCUGAUUGUCCACAAGACGCAGCAGGAGGAUUUCCAGGUGCUGUCAGGGUCAGCUGGCUUCCUUCUGGCGAGCUAUGCCGUAGGUGCUUCUGGGGGGAUCUGUGCCCUCGCCAACGUCCUGGGGGCUCCUCUGUGCCAGCUGGAGCACCUGUGCCGCGAGGGCCGCUGGCAGGAAGCCCGCGAGCUGCAGCAGCGACUCAUUGAGCCCAAUGCAGUGGUCACUCGCCGGUUUGGGAUCCCAGGGCUGAAGAAGGCCAUGGACUUGUUUGGCUACUACGGUGGUCCCUGCCGUGCACCCCUGGCACCACUAAGCCCAGCCCAGGUAGAGGAGCUGAGAGGCACCUUCAGCACCAAUGGGUGGUUGUGAGCUCCUGAGCCAUCCCUGCUGUGCAGGCAGCACCAUCUGCCCCUGCUCCUUCCUGCGCCUGGAAACUGGGGACCACUGGGAGCUGAGGAUGUGUUGGAGACAGUGGUAUGUGGCCAGGAGGAAAACACUCAUCUCACUCCUUCCUGCUGGACAGGGCUUGUGGAGGAAAAACCCAACACCUUAGUAUGUCCCAGAUUGGGCAUGCACUGUCCAUGUCAGACCCCUGGAAAACCCACUCUGGGCUCAGGCAGGAGCCCCCCAUCCAUGUGGGUACCUGCUUGAGGUACUACAGAUUCCCACCAUCCCUUGGGGUUUGGAUGCCCCAUGUUGACCCAGCCACCCUCCAGAGCACUAUGAAUAAACCUGCUGCCUCUCCUCUA